AUGGGCCGUGCAAAAUCAACAGAAAAGGAUAGGGGAGGAAAAUCAAAUAGAACAAAGAGGAAUUUGGGUGGACGUGUUAACGGUGUAAGGCGUCUGAAUGCUACGUUAGCUGCUUUUGAAGAUGAUGAACAAGCUUCGACAUCGACAUUGUCUCGAAUUACCGUCUCAAAAACAUCGGAUGAAAGAACACGAUCCACAACAACAUAUACAAGUAAUUCAACAGCAACAAAUUCAUUAAACAGCGACCAAGAUACUGAACAACAAGAAGAAGGAGAUCUAGAACCACAGCCAAAGCAAGCAUCUAUUUGGAAGCAUUGUAAAAAAUUAGCAGUGAAAAUUAACAAUGAAAUUGUAAAGAAAGCUAAGUGUAAUUUAUGUACCAAGGAAAUUUUCACACCUAAUUGGUCAACGACAGGCUGUCGAGCACAUUUGUAUAAAGAUCAUAAAAUGAUGGAAUUUGCUCCUGUAUUGAAAACGGGAAGAAAUCAGCAAUUAACACCAUUUGAAAAAAAGGAAUUAAAUGAGCUUUGCAUUGAAGGUAUCGUCGAAGAUGGCAGAUCAUUUGGAGAUCUGAGACGUAAAGGAAUUAUGAAAAUUUUUAAUCGUCUGUUGCCUGGAUUUAGACCACCAAAUCGCAACACCGUGCAGCGAUCAUUAAAACGAUUAAAUAAUCAAAAAAAACGUGAUUUAAAAACUGAACUUCAAGUAGCGCGUCAUAUAGGAAUUACUACUGAUUUCUGGAGUGAUCGUCGAACGGUUUCAUAUUUAGCUAUUACUGGACAUUUCAUUGAUGAUAAUUUUAAAUUUAUAUCAAAAAUUUUAUCAUUUACGACUUUCGCAGAAAGACAUUGUGGAACAAAUAUAGCUACUGAAAUCGAAAAUCGGCUCAAGGAUUUAAACAUAUUCAAUAAGGUUAAAGCGAUUACUGCUAAUGGAGCUUCUAAUAUGAUUGUCGCAUGUGCCAAUUUAGGUGACGAUAUUAGUCGUAUUUGGUGUAUCGGACAUAAAUUUCAUCUUGUUGUAACAAACGGUCUUUGUUUAUGGGGUAAAAGCAAGAAAGAUAAAGAUGAUAAUUCUGGUAUUGAUGCUCUCAAUGAUGCUAUCAGAGCAAUGUCAACAGAAGAUUUAAGUGAUGAUUUAACAACAGUAGCUGCAACUACCACAUUAGCAGCAGGAAUGAUUAACGAUCAACAAGCUGAUGUUGAUAUAGCAAGUGAGGAUGAAUCGGGUUUGGACGAUGAUAUUGAUGAUAGUGUUGUUGCAGCAAAUGAUAUAACGAAUGAUGACAAUUGGGCAUUGGACGUAAUUGAUGAGGAUAGUGAAAUGGCUCAAUAUUUGACAGUUGAAGAAGAAAAUAUUAGUAGCGUUAUUGAAAAAAUGCGAAAUCUGAUAAAAAUGAUAACUAGGUAA